CCAUCGCCGGAUCGGCAACAGAAGCAUUCUAACAGCAGCCGAAGCGAAGAGCGGAGAACGCAGCGCGGCUUCCCAUCGGCACACCGAGCGUCGAGCAUCGAGCAGAGAUCGCAAGCGCAGCUUCCAUCGCCGUCAGCCGAGGCUUCCACGGGCCGAGCACCGUUCGCGCAGCGCACACCGUUUUUCGGGCCGAAACAGUUGCGACCUGCACACGACCACACGACGCCGUCGUUAGCGCACUCGCCGAACGACCACCGCACUACGAACUACCUGCCUGCGCUCCCCGGUGACGACGAGCCGCAGAGAGCCAUCGAGCGAAGACAGAAAGUCAAAGUUCACGCGAUUGCUGCGAAGCGGCGAAAGUUGCCCAGCGCCGAAAUCCGAAAAGCCAGUGUGAAAAGUGCGACUGCUCAGUGCGACGACUUUCAAACUUUCCAGCAGGGACCCGGACUCAUUCGUCUGCCGGCGCGUCUAGGAUUCCGGAUAUAUCUACCGCAACAUAAUUGCGAAAACGUCGGAGCUGCCACACACGCCGCAGCACCGAUCACACAGCAUCACCGCGUCGGCAGCAUUCCGCAGCGCAGUCGUCCGACAACAACUCACCAGGAUACACACACGAAUUAUUCAUACAACCAACGCGCACCAACGGCGGUGUGAUUUGCGGUCCGCCGGCGUGAGAUCCUAGUGUGCGGUGAGACGCGCGCAACCCGUUCGCACGUGAUAAGCAGCCAGAGCGCAGCGCGGUAGCCGGGCGCCAAGAUGUUCGCCAUAAUGCAGAUCGACAACGACGUCAGCGGGCGCGAGUUCCGUCGCAAGAUGCGCGCCAAGUGCGAGUUCAUCUGCAAGUACUGCCAGCGCCGCUUCACCAAGAGCUACAACCUGAUGAUCCACGAGCGCACGCACAAGAGUCCCGAGCUGACGUUCUCCUGCGAGGUGUGCGGCAAGAGCUUCAAGCGCCAGGACAACUUGAAACAGCACAGAUGUAGUCAAUGCAUUUGGCGGUGAAUGCGAAACGGGGGCCUCUCUGUCUCUAUGUGCGGUCGCUCGGGUGGAGGGGGUGUUGCGCAACACGCACAGACACAAACAAGCCGCCACGGCCAGCAACUCACACGCACACAAUCUACGCCUACACACACACACACUCAACAACUCAACAUACACACAAUUACUACUACUACGACACUACCACACUACCACAAUAUGCUACACACACACACCUGGGCGCGUUCCGUUCUUCCUACUUUUCACAUGCACACAUGCACAGCGACAAUUCACUAUCCAGCCACGUCGACGAACACCAGCUCGACGACGAACUCAACCACAACCUAUGGUUUCUCGCGCUACUAAAAUGGCGGCCAGCGACCAGCGCCCUCGGACGAAACAAUUCCUAAAUGCACAGCAGUAUUCGCAACCACUACCACACUCGCUCUAAAUAUUACUACUACUCUACUGGAAGGAUUACAUUAUAUUUAUUAUGCAUUUUUAUCUCUCGCAGCGAUGGAAUUCUUGUACAUACCGCCACAUUGUGUUUGUGUGCAAUAUUUUUUAAUCACACGAAUUUUACUACACUACACACACACACACGCAUACGCAUACAACACGCUACUUAGCUUCUAACAUUUAAGGCGACGUACUUGCAUUAAUUUUUAUUUAUUGUACAUACAUGCGUUUAUCGUCUCUAUACGCUUAUUAACGAACGCGCGCCCGCCGCCUCCGGGACUGCAUAGUCGUUUUGGGCAGCAGCAAGACAUAUGCCAGUUGCCGCACAGCGCACCCAGCCAUCCCGACAAGAGUUGGUUAAUCACUUUAAUCGCGUGAUUGAUUAAUUGCUCACAUUGCGCAUUGGGGGCGGCGCCGCGCGGUCUAACGAAGAGCAUUAACAGCCUAAUUUAUUGUCGAUUUGAUUUUUAUUAACACAGCAUAGAUUUCUAGCCAGCGUAGUAGCAUAGAUGUUAUUUUUAGAGGAUAUUUUAUUUAUUAAGCGUUAAAAAAUAAUUAAGCCAACGGAUACGCGCGCGCGCGCGCGCGCACAGCGCCGACAUAACGAUGCAAUAACGCCCGUGUGUAUAAAUAAUGUUUAAUAUUAUAUAUUGCAUAAAUUAUGUAUGUUUACGAAUGCGAACCGGCGUGCUCGAAGCUGCCGACUGUAAUAAAUAAUGUGCUUUAAUUUAUAUAA